AUGCAGAUAUUCAUCAGUGCCUUGGAUGGCGGAAUCCAUCGCCUCGAAGUUGCACCAGAAACUACCGUUGCACAGAUUAAGAAGGACUUAGGAGCUAAUGAGCACAUUCUCUCUUAUGGUAGCUCCAUUCUGGAAGAUUCUUCGAGCCUUUCGAGCCUUGACAUUUCUGAUGGAGCCUCGCUCGCUAUAAAUGCUAGACUUCUCGGAGGUAAGGUCCACGGAUCUUUGGCUCGUGCCGGAAAAGUGCGUGCUCAGACACCAAAGGUUGAGAAACAGGAGAAAAAGAAGAAGAAGAAGGGACGUGCGGCACGACGAAUUCAAUACACGAGAAGAUUCGUCAAUGUUGCGACUGGACCAGGAAAGAAGCGUGGACCCAACUCCAAUGCUGCUUAA